AACGAAAUGCAAUGAAACGUAACAAAAUGAAUCAGGACAAAAUGCAACGAAACGAAACCAACGGAAUACAACGAAACACAACAAAACAUAAUGAAACAUAACGAAACGCAAUGAAACAUAACGAAACGCAACGGAAUGAAACGGAACAAAACAAACGGAACGAAACACAACUAAACAAAACGGAACGAAACACAACUAAACAAAACGAAACGAAACGAAACGGAAUAUAUUGAAACGCAAUGGAACGGUAUGGAAUAGAAUGGAACGAAGCAGUCUGAAUCGGCCCAGAUCAGACCAAGUUGUAUAUCAUAGUAUGACAGUGAAUAGCAUAAAGGAAUAGUAGGGGUAAAAGUUGAUUGAAAGAAGAGGAAUAGAUAGAGAAUAAUGUAACGUUGGUGAAGGAAACGUUAUACAGAAGGUUCAAUGUUCUCCCACUCUUGAGGCCCAAGCUUUCAGUCUGCUCGUGUGGUCAGUUUAGUAAUUACGCGGCAAGGAAUAAGUUUGGGUAUACGUAGUAUAAUGUGUAAAAUAAAAAAACUUUGGGUGUGGCGUUUAUUUUUAUAAUGCUCACUGUGAAACUAUUAGCAAUUUCAAUGUUGAACAUUAUUAAUUAUUAACUAAAAUAAAAAAAAGUGUGAUUUACAAAUUGAAUAAUAUUUAUAAAAAUCUUAAAAUUUUUUCCCGCUUACGAAGUGGAUUAUAAGUUCAUCAUUGUAUAUUUAUAUUUAAUUGGAAAUAUUUUUUGGAAGAUAAAAAAAAAUGUUUAAUAAUCGACAGGUUCUUAUAAACAUAUUUUUACAGUAUCGAUUGAAUUUGUGAAAUUUAUAUGUACGUUAAAGAAGAGAAUGUUUCAUAUUGUUAUAAAAAACAAUUCUAUAUUUUCUAAUAAGAACAAUUUAUAUUUAUUAUUUUUAGAAAUUCAUAUUUGAUUCAUUUGAUGUACAUUUCUGAACUUUAAAUCAAGAAUUAUCUUUUUCUUUUGAAGUGUUCAGUUUUAUUUGGAUAGAUCAUCUUUCUUUUUCUUUAUAUUUUGCUUAAGCGUAUUAGAAGAAUGACAGUCUCGGAAGAAAUGGAUAUAUAUAUAUAUAUAUGCAAGUACAUAUGCGUGAGACAGAUGGGAGAGAGGCACAUAACGAAAGCAUAUAAUAUGUAGUGCUAUAUAUAGAUGUGUUCUUAUAUAAAAAAUUUGAGGACAACGAAAUGUUUAAAAAUAAUGGCUACAGAAUUGGCAAAUAAAAAAGCUGAGCGCGAAGCUCUGCGCGGCGUUAUUCAACAAUGGAACGCUAAUAGAUUGGAUUUGUUUGAACUUUCAGAACCAAAUGAGGACUUGGAAUUUCAUGGAGUAAUGAGAUUUUAUUUUCAAGAUAGUGGUCAAAAAGUUGCAACGAAAUGUAUUAGAGUAGCAUCGGAUGCAACAAGUCAAGCGGUCAUCGAAACUCUUAUUGAAAAAUUCCGUCCAGAUAUGCGAAUGCUUUCAGUUCCAGAAUACGCACUUUAUGAAAUUCAUGAAAAUGGUGAAGAGCGUAAACUUGGACUCGAGGAAAAACCAUUGUUAGUGCAAUUGAAUUGGCACAUCGAUGAUCGCGAGGGACGUUUUUUGUUAAGAAGAAUUGAUGAUAAGACUAACGCUCAAGGUGUUGGUUUCUCCUCUUCGGAUGGAUCUAGUUUUCGUAGAAAGUUGAGUAAACGUGAAAAAAAACAAAUGAAAAAACAAGAAAAACUCAGUCGUUUAAAGAGUUUAGAACAAGAUGAGAAUAGUAUACCCGUUGAUCAAAAUGGAGUAGCUGAAAAACUUUAUACAGAGUUACCUGAAACGAGCUUUACCAGAAGUAUUUCAAAUCCAGAAGCUGUGAUGAGAAGACGACGUCAACAAAAAUUGGAGAGAAAAUUGCAACAAUUUCGUAGUAAAGAUGGUGGUCCUGAUACUGGAGGAACAUUAAAAAUUUAUGGUGAAGCACUUUGUAAAGAUGUUCCAUAUAAAACUUUGCUUUUAAGUGUUCGCGAUUCAGCAGUUCAGGUCGUACGAGAAAUGCUUUCUAAAUAUGGUUUAGAGAAAGUUGAUCCACAACAAUAUUGUCUUGUACAGGUAAAUAGUGAAAAUAAUCUUAAUGGAGGAACUCAACAAGAAUAUAUACUAGAUGAUGACGAAUGUCCUUUAGCUAUUCUUAUGAAUCAUUCUUCUACUCGUGGUUCUAUUAUGUUUCACGUACGAAGAAGACCUUCCGAUUAUGUACCUCGGAAACGCAAGAAAAAACCAAGUGGCAAGUGGAAUGAAUUAGAUUGCAGAUAUGAAGAUGAAAGAUUACCUUUUUUACUAGAAUUGAAUCCUGAUGGUAGUGAAAUUUCAAACGGUGCCGGUGUACGACAUCGGUUACAACCAAACGUCACGGAGGUGGGCUCAGAAAGACCAAUAGGUCCACAGGCAGUUCAAGCUCAAACUCUCACUUUGACAGGACCAACGGUUAUGCCAAGGCACUGUGUAAUUGCUUUUACUGAAAAUAUUGUCACUCUUACACCUUGCUCCAGGGAUGCUUAUACUUAUGUAAACAAUCAGAGGAUACAUCAAACAACAAUACUUCAGAAUGGAGCAAUUGUGAAAUUUGGCAGAUUACAUACUUUUAAGUUCAUUGAUCCAACACCUGAUGAACGAAUUAGACAACGACAUGAUUCUGGAAAACAAAUCGAAUACAAUUAUGACCGACGCUCCCCAGACUUGGCCAAUCAAGAAACGAACAUGGAAAGAUAUGGAUCAGUAUCCGGAACUUCAAAUAAUGGACAGAAUCAAGUUCAAAUUCAGAGCCAAUCAAUUCAAGAUCAAGUUAUUCAUUCGUCUAGUCCAAACAAAUCUACACCCAUUCCUGCUGCUGCUGUUACUGUAUGUCAUACUCGAAGUCCAACGCAUGCUUUGGAAUCAACUCAUAAUUAUGAAACUACGUUUGAUCUCGAUGGAAACGUUGAGACUGCCAGUCUUACCAGCAGUAGAGACGGUAACAGAACAUUACAGAAUGAUCGACAACCACGAGGAACGGACCCAAUCUUACCAGCUGUAUUAGAAUUUCUUGAAGAAACGGAAGAAACAUUUUUUCAUGCAGUAAUUACAGAUGUUGAACCAUCAGCACCUCAAUUUAAAUUGGCUCCAACAUAUACGCUUUACCUGGCAGCAAGAUAUCGUGCAAGCACACAUUAUAGGCCAGAAUUACAACCAACAGAGAGAGCUCACAGAUUAACUGUAAUGUUAGCAAACGUCGCUAGCAUGAUUCAACGGAUAAUACAGGAACGGUAUAUGGAUGCAUCUUCAUUGGCAUUAUGGUUAGCAAAUGGUUCGGAAUUAUUACAUAUGUUGAAAAACGAUCGUCAUGUAGGAGCAUUUUCGACGAGGGCACAGGACAUUUUGACAGAAGCAGUUCAUACAGCUUUCGCAUCGCUAGUUCGAUGCAUUUCCUUAGAACUAGCGCCAGCAAUGUCACAAUUUAUGGCUGAUGCAGAUGAACCUGCUAAAGAAGCUGGUGUUCUCCAAAUAUUUUCGAGUACGAUGGCAUUACUCAGACGAUGUAGAGUAAAUGCUGCGCUCACGAUUCAACUAUUUAGUCACUUAUUUCAUACAAUAAAUGCAACUACAUUUAAUGCAUUAGUUUCAAACACAAACUUAUGUGUUAGAUGGUUCGGUCGUAGAUUAAAGGCAAGAUUAAACGCUCUUGAAACUUGGGCUGAGAGGCAAGGUUUAGAACUCGCGAGUCAAUGUCACUUAGCAACAAUUAUGCAAGCGACUCAUCUUUUACAAGCGCCAAAAUAUAAUGCAGAGGAACUUGCUACUUUAAGUUCCACUUGUUUUAAAUUGAAUUCUCUUCAAGUCCGAGCAUUGUUACAAAAAUAUCAACCAGCUGCUGAUGAGCCAAGACUUCCAGCAGAAUUAAUUGAGAAUGUAGUCAGAGUAGCAGAAAGUGUGGCUGAUACUUUAGCACGUGCUGAUGGCAGGGAGAUUCGACUUGAGGAAGAACCUACACUGGCAUUGGCACUUUUACUUCCUGAAGAUGGAUAUAGUUGCGAAGUUAUUCGCGGUGUGCCUCCAGGAUUAGCAGAAUUUUUAGCGCCAUUACAACGAGAUGGUCUUUGUCGUAUGGCAUCACAACCUACUAGUAGUGGAUACUGGACUAUAUAUAUGAUAGAUCAUCAUAAUAAUUUUCGCAGUCCAAGUGCAAUGAGUAAUAGGUCUGGAGGAUAUUCUUGUCAUACAGGUUCAAAUAUUGUUCAGCCUGAGAUACAUAUAAUAAAAUUACAUAAAUCUACUAAUGGAAUGGGUUUAAGUAUCGUUGCGGCAAAGGGUGCUGGUCAAGAUAGACUUGGAAUAUAUAUAAAGAGCGUAGUUGCUGGUGGUGCUGCUGAUGCUGAUGGGAGAUUGACUGCUGGUGAUCAAUUGUUAAAAGUGGAUGGACAAAGUUUAGUAGGAAUUACUCAAGAAAAAGCUGCUGAAUAUUUAGUACGCACUGGUCCAGUAGUCACACUUGAAGUUGCUAAGCAGGGUGCCAUAUACCAUGGUUUAGCUACUUUAUUGUCACAACCAUCACCAGUAAUGAACAGAGCAUACAAGAUUCGACCCAAGUCCGAAAACUUGGAAGCUUCAACGGCACAAGAAAUGAACGAGCAAUCAUCUACGUCACAUUCAAUGGACUCAAACUCGGAUUCUUUGGCUACAGUAAACAUCAAAUAUAAUAAUUUUUCUCUUGAUUCAAUACCUUAUAUCGAUCAAGUCGAUGAAAUAUCAUCAGUUCCAUUCUCAAGCAAUCAAUUCGAUAAAUACCAAUUGGAAAAUAAUAACCGUGUUGUGAUCAAACGCUAUGAUUCACAAUUAAUCAACGAAGAAGGACAAAUUACAAAUAGAUACGAACGAGGAAAAGCAUCUUCAUAUAAACAAGAAAAAUAUACAAGGACAAAUAAACAGGCAAACAAAUAUAAUAUGGCGAAACAACAGAAAAGAAAUGAUGAAAUAAGAGAAAAAAAAAUAAAAGAUAUCUUGUUAUCGCCGUGUGUUAUAUUAAAUAACAAUGAUGAUUUCGAAAUAUUUACAAUUCCAAAAACAAAGACUGACAUGUUUAAUAUCAUUCCAGUAUUAAAUCUUGAUUUAUCUGGUCUAGAUAGUAAUACAAUGUGUGAUGUCUCCAGUUUCAAUAAGUGUUGGAAAUCACCAGAAGAGGUACGCCUUAGUUGCAGAGAUCGCGUAACAAUCUUGGCUAAAUAUUUUUCGAAAUUUGAUGAUAUUGAAUUAAUUGAUCAUGGAUCUAAUUCGAUGAGAUUAGAUAAUUUAAAGAAAUUUUCUUCGGAACCUAAUUUUAUUUCGAUUAAGAAGUAUCAAACUCGAUCAAAUUAUUUUUCUGUCAUUGAUGAUAAUAGUAAGUUUCGAUCCGAAUUAGAUUUAAGAAAUAAUAAAAUCAGUCAAUACGGUUUACAAGAUGAAUCAGAUAAAAUAUUCAAAAAUUCAACAAUAAAUUUAUUAAAUAAGAAUGAUAGUAAUAAUUAUUACAAUACUUCAUAUAUGUAUAAUGAAAUAUCUAUAAAUAAUAAACGGAAGUUAUCAUUAUCGGAACAAAAAUAUAUGAUAGAUCAAUUGAAAGAAAUAUAUAAUUUUGAUUAUGUAAAAGCAUCAUCUCUUCCUCAAUGUUCUUCUUUACAUUUUUCAUAUACAUCAAAUAAGAAUAUGAAUAUUAUAUCUUCAAACAAUAUAAUUCUUGAUAAGGACGUAAAUAAUGAUAUGAAUAAAAUGUUAUCUUUGUGUGAUAUAAAUGAAAAGUUAAUAUCAGAAAAUAUUCAAAAGUGUGAUUCAUCAUAUAUAAUAAAUAUUGUAAAAAAUUAUAUUCAAAAAAAGACAAAUACAAAACAACAAUUAUCCAAUGUUAAAUUUAUCAAACAAUUAUCAAGUUCCUAUCCAAAUAUCGAAAGAAUAAAAGAAUUAUGGCAUAACAAAAAUAAUCAAUUGAAAGAAGGAAAUAGAAAAAAAUAUCUGUGGUUUAAUUUAAAAAAAUGUGAUUUGAUUCAUGAAUUAAAACAAAUCAAUGAUGAUAUAUUAUCAUUUCCUACUAAUAAACAAUACUUUCAAUCUUGGAAUGAGAAUUUUUUGCAAAAUGAUAAUAAUAUAACAAAUUAUGAAGAAAAACUUUGCAAGCAAAAUUUCAUCAUUCAAGACAAAUUUCAACAAAAUUCAAUGUUAUUUAUUAAAGAAAAUAAUCAUUCUAAUAUUUUAUCAAUUCAAAUUAAAAAAAAUCGAAAAAACAAUAUGAUCAACGAUCGGCAAAUUCCAAUUUUGAUUGAAAAAAAAAUUCAUACUAAUAAUACGAUCAACUUAAUGCUCGAGGAUUGGAAAAUUUAUCCAAGAUUAAAUCGAAUUCAUCUAAAUCUUGAUUUCUUUUUACGACCUCGUCGCAUGAGUGAACGAGAUUUACCAUCUAGGCUUGGACGCGAUACAACUGCACCUCAACAACAAAUGCAUACUAGCAAAUCUGUGCCAGCAUUACACAAUGUAGGAACAGAUGGAAAACAGCAGCACGAAGUAUUUAAUCCUGGUUAUAGUAGAGCAUCUUCAAGUAAUAGUGUCACACCACCAGUUACGCAGCCACCUCCACCAAUGGCUACAAUCAAUGGCUCGACAUCAUUACGUUCUCGUUCGAGUCAUAAUUUGCAUGAUUCAACGAGAAUCGGAAUUUUACCAUCGAAUGGUCUUGUAACUAGACAACAAUCGUCACCAAAUUUGAAUCCUGAUCAUAUAUCGAGUCACAAUGAUACAAAUGUGAAUGGUGGAACAAAUUCGAACAUUCUUCAAGGUAACGAAGCUGAAAGAUUUUAUCAAAACUUGAGUAUCUAUCGUAAUCAAGAUGCAACAACCAAACAGCAUAAUCCAUCUCAACAUUUAGAUGAUAGAACUUCUCUUCAAUUACAAAAGAAUUUGAAAGGUUCACAAAAUUCUUUAAAUCGUCCGGGAAUGUUUGAAAUGAAUCAAACUAGAGACCGUCCAAUAUCUUCAUAUGUACCUCAACAACAAUCUUAUAUUGACAAUAUUGGUCAAUCGCAACAACAAGCUUGCAUAGCACCUCCAAGAUCUCAAUCGUCUCGAGAUAUAAUCCGUCAAGAAGCGAAACUUCAAGAAAUGCAAGAAGAAGUUAGAAGACGCGAGUUACGAGGUGGCAUUUCAGUUCCAUUAAAUCAAUACCGACCACUUACUUAUAAUUUAAAAACAAAUACAUCUGUUCAAUCAUCGAUUAGUUCUGUUGUUCGACCAACAAAAUCUAUUAGUUCACAACCAAAUUUGGGAUCAAGUCCACCAACAACAAUAUCCACAUCAUCAGUUUCAACAUCCAAACAAACCGGUCCUUCGAGUUAUAAUUAUUUGGAUGCACAAUAUAGUUCAUACAUAGUUCAAUAUGGAAAAUCUUCACAUACUCAUCAACAUCAACAUCAAUCUCAACCUCAAUCUCAACACCAUCAGCAUCAACAUCAGCUACAGUUCCAGCAUCAAUAUCAACACCAGCAUCAACAUCAACAUCAACAUCAACAUCAACAUCACAAUGUGCAACAACAAAAUUUUGGACAUAUCCAAUAUGGACAUGUUGGUAUGAUAUCAUUAAGAGGAAAAAAUGACUUAACUCGUAUGCAAUCAAAUGGGACAUUACACGAUUAUGGAAGAGAUCAAAAUAUUCGAGACAUUGGAAAAUUAUAUACAGAUCAGAAUCAACAUAUUGCUGGAUCGCAGUAUUGUUUAAAUAGUAAUCCAGAGAUACAAAAUGAAUUCUAUAAUGAUGAAAAUGGAAUAAAUAGAAUGCAAACUGCACCAGAAGGAACUUCGAUUUCAAAUGAAAUUCCUAUACGAGCUGUUCUACCAGAAGAAGGAUUUACCGAAAGUUCUCCACCGCCACCUCCAAGCACCUCUACUCAUCCUCUCUAUAAUAAACAAUCGGAUUCGAGAUACACUGCAAGUAUGCAAGAUCCUCCGCGUGGAGGAUAUUAUCCAACAAAUACAACAGGUACAUUACAGCCACGUCAGUAUCAAUAUAGUGCUUCAAAUCCAUGGCAACGAGAAGAAAAAGAGAAAGAACAGGCACGCAGAAGAGAAGCUGCAAGACAAUGGCGAGAUCAACAAAUAGCGGAAUUAAGUGCACUAUCUCAUAGAACAUCGCAACAAGAAGAACAAUUGCGAGCUCUUCAAUUAGAAAGAGAUUUUCAAAAAAGAGCCGAAGAAAUAGCCAACCAACAAGAUGAUGAUGAAGAAAGUAAUGAUUUAGAUACUGAAAAUAUAAGAAUUCAGCAAUCUUUAUUUCAAACAACAAUGAUGCAAGAUCGAAAUAAUUCAUUAGAGCAACAUCAUUCCAAUUUAUCCAGAACUAAUGUAACAAACCAAUCCUCUAAAGGAAAUCAUUUUUCUCGAUCUCUCAGUGGAUCUCCAAUGCAUUCUAUGAAUGUCGUAACUACACAUGGAAAUAAUACUCUUCAACAAUGUUCACAAAAUAUUACAACUACUUGUUUGCAGCAACAACAGCAACAACAGCAACAACAAGACAAUUCCAGUUCGCUUUUAUCUUCAGAUUUUCAACAUCAACAUAUUAAUCAAAUGCAAAAUAAUAUGGGACAAAUUUCAAUGCCAUCCUUGAUUCAUUUGACUUCUUCUCAAAAAUCUCUUGGUUUGUCUCAAUCCAAUGAAGAAAAAGAAAUGCACCGUAGACAUGAGGAGAUUAAACGAAAACAAAUAGAUUUCGAUGAUACUCAAUUGAAAAAAGAGGAAGAAACUAAUAAACAACAACAAAUGUAUCAACAGCAACAUCAUUCGCAACAAUCGCAAUCUCAUCUUAAAACUCAACAAUUAUUGCAUUCUAAUAUGUUGCGAUUAGAUAGCUUAAUCAUUAAUGGAUCAAACGCAUCUCCUACACAAAAUGAUAUCAAUGAUGCGCCUCUGCCUCCAGAACGAGGUUCUAGUUUUGCGGUUAUGUCGCAGCAAAAUACACUCAGAUCAAAUAAUGCAAACAUAUCAAAUAUAAUAUUAGCAUCUCAACCGCAAACAACAUCCGUUAAAAGAGUCUCAUUUCACGAUUCAAAUGCAAAUGUAGAAUCUAUACGAAAUAUCUCGUCUGGAAAUUUGAGCACGAAUCAAACUAUGACUAUGGAUGCCAUUACAGAAGAUCCAAAUAAUUUCAUAAAUGAUGCAGAAAUUUUAUUGGCAUCUCCAAAAACACCCGAAGGAUCUGGUGGAACUUCGAUUACUAGUAGCACACCUGGCGUUAUAGGUGCUCAAGAAGUAUACAAAGAUCCCAGACAAAAAAGACUCGCGGAAAAACAGAAACAGCAGCAAAGUUCUCAAGUUGGGCAAGUACCUGAAAAGCUCAGUUUUAAAGAAAAAAUGAAAAUGUUUGCAAUGGAAACCGGUGAAGAUGGAACUCCACGGGAUAAAGUGAAAAUUUCACGUGCACAGCGUGAAAUAGAUAAUAUUGGAAAUCCCGCACUGAAUAAUAAUUAUUACAAUAAUAGUAAUAAUAGUAUCAUCAGCAGCAAUAAUAGUAACAAUCAAAAUAAUAACAACAACGGCAAUAAUAUCAAUAACAACAAUAGCAAUCGACAACAAUAGAAAUUAAGACUGAAAAUUGAGAUUUAUUUUUUUUAAAAUCAUAUUACAUGGAUCAGAAAAAAAUUGGUGUAUCAUACCGAACUAUUAUUAUACCAUAUAAAGAAUGUGUGUAUUAUAUUGGUAAUGAUUCUAACUAUUUCAUACCGAAUACCGAUACCGAAUUGUUAUUAUACCAUAUAUAGAAUGUGUGUAUUAUAUUGAUAAUACUAACUAUUAUUAUAUAAAUACUAACUAUUUCAUUAUGAAUAUGAACAUAUAUGCGAACAUAUAUGCAUUCCAACAAUUUGCCCAAUUUUGACCAAAAUAUUAUAUAUUAUAAAAAUGAAUAUAAAUAAAUAGAACAAUUAAAAAUAUUAGAAUAGAGAAUAAAUGCGUUCAUAUGAUGAAAUCAGUCUUCAUAUUUUUAGUAUUUAAUAACAUAAUGAAUAUUAAAUGCAUUUGAAAUCUACUUAUUCGAUUGGACCAAUUUAUGA